AUGGACUUGCUAAUUUCAGAAUACAUCACAUCUCUAGGGUUAACCCUGUCUAUCGCCCUUCUUGUGGCUUUUAGGGCUGGACAGGCCAGAAAUCUAAAUUCCAUUAAUAUGGGGAAUAAGCUCAAUCAAUUGACUAUAGAUACGCUAAAAGAAAGAAUCGUAUCCAAAGUAGAAAUGCUUGUACGGGUUUAUAAAGAAACUACUCCAGGUUUGGACUUUGAGCUGCCUCCCAUAGAACCUAUUGCUCAGCAGAUCCUUUUUACAGAGGAAAGUAUUCCCUAUCUUAAUUCCCUAUAUACGAGUCUCAUUGAGAACGGGACCCAAGGGGAAUACUUUAUCCAAGUUAUACAAUUUUUUCUAGGAUAG